AUUCAAAGCAAGACAAAGUGUGGGCGGCUCCGUAAAUCGGUACUUGGAUAUCGAAGAGGAUCUCGAACAAGCUCGAAAACGUCUUGCAGAGCUUGGGCCUGUCAGUCGUCCUCAACUUGUCGACCCCAAUGAAGGAUCAUCAAAAGCACAUACAGCACCUCGCCCAAGUAAGCGACCCAGAGCGUCUAUAGUAGAUGCACCGGACCUUUCGUCUCCUCUUCCUGCCUCCAAAGGGAAAUUCAGCGUCGCGCAUCCCUCGAUGGCCUCCAUUCCUGAACCAUAUUCAUCUCCCAUCAAGGAACCCGAGGCCGAACACGAAAUACCUUUAAAGGAUGGGGAAGAUGACGAAGAUGACUCUUCAUUGCGGCUGCAAAGAUUGAUGCGGACUGUAGAAGAUGUAAACAGACGCGAAUCGAUUAGAGAGUCGCGACGCAGUAUGGCAGGACCGACCGAGGGCUACCUCCCCAUCACAUCAUUCAAAGUACCUACAAAUCCUACCUCCUCCACGUCUACUAAAUCCCUCGCAUUACCAUCUCAAAGUGCUAUGCCAGUACGUGAUGUUAUUAUGACGGACGACACGCAAGAAGAGGAAGACACGUCCGCAAAGGAGUCGGAAACCGCCCAGCCAAAGCGAGCAGGUCGUAAACCAACCAAGGCCAGUACUACGAAAUCUUCCACUACAGCCAAGCGUACGACGACCAAGAAACGCGCCUACGAAGAGAUGAUGGAUGUGGACGAAGCCGAUGCAUCUUCUGCUCAACAAACCUCUGUGGACAAUUCGAUGCAGACACAAGAGGAUGUCAAGAUGGAAGACGAGAGUGAUUCGGUGCCCGUUACUCAAGGUCGUGCCACGCGAGCACCCGCAACAUCUGCCGCCCCGAAGAGGAAAGGUAGAACUGCCGCUGCUAGCAAGGCAAAGUCGGCAGCACAAGAAAGCCAAGAAAAUGCAGAUGAGGACGUGAAACAAGGGGUGGACGAGGCGCAAAAGCCCUCCGACAGUGUGGACUCUCCAAUGGAAGACGCUCCCACCGAUUCAACGGCCCCUCGUGGACGUCGUGGAGCGAGUGCUGCUGCAUCUCGCACAACCUCCAAGAAGGAACCAGCUGGCACAAAAACAUCGCGCGCCACAAAGGCCAAGCCAGAAGCAAAGGCUACUUCUACUUCUACGACACGAGGAAAGCGCGGAGGUAAAGCUUCUGCCAAAACUUCAGAGCAAGAGGAUUCUCUGCAGGGUGAAGGGGACGGAGACGCCGAAAAUGAGGAUGAUGGAGAUGAAGACGAAUUGGAUCUCAUCUCUUCGGAUGCCCCAGGUACAAGAGCUCCUAGUAAGGGCGUGAAGCGCACGACAAGAGCAAAGACCGUAGACAAGGAGGAACCUGCGCCCGCGCCAAAAACAAAAGCUACCAAGAAGGCGACGACUACAACGGCAGCAGCUACCAAGAGAGGUAAAGCUACAACCCCUGCCCCUGUCGCUCCCAAAGUAGAGGAAGAAGAACAAGCUAGUAUGGAUCCCGAACCUGCUCCGGCAAAGACGAGAACAGGGAGGACGACUAGGAAGGCGACCACCCCUGCUGUUGCUGCGGCUGGGGAAGAGGAUACGGACGAG